AUGGGCUCUCCUCUUGGCCCGCUAAUGGCCAACGUGUUUAUGUGCCACCUCGAAGAGAAGCUCACACGAGAUGGAAUGGUGCCCUCUCUGUAUAAGAGGUAUGUCGACGAUACUCUUGCUAGAAUGCCUAGCACCGAUGCCGCUGCUGAUUUUCUGACUACAUUGAAUGGUCUACAUCCGAGCCUGAAGUUUACAAUGGAACUUCCUGCUGAUACUAGGAGUAAUCGGAGCUUAGGAGAGUGCGUUCGAUAUGUUUGUUAGGCGUACAGGUAGCAGUUAAGGCGGAAGGGUGGUUGCGAUAUAGAUAAAUAUGAUCAUGGCAUAUUUUGAAAGUAAGGGUUUCGUGCAGCGAAACCUCUAAUUAAACUGUGAAUCAUUAUAAGAAAGGUUUCAAAAGAUAUCGUAUGGUUCGGUGUCACGUGCUUGUAAUCGGAGGAGACAUUGGCCAGAGUGCGUCGUUCUUGUAAAUAGAACAUUUUGUUUCACUGGAGCGAGUUACAGGGCGCAGUUGCUCAAAGGCCGAUUAGUGCUUAACCCGGGAUUCUUUUUCUUUCUUCAAAAACAUUUCUUCCGAUAAUUUUCUCUGUUAUUUUUAAGAGCAUCCAAUCAUCAACUUGUUGACAAAAUGAAUUACAUUGAAUUUACUGUUUUAAAAGCUUUCACAUCUGAAUUCAAACUUCGCACUAACCCUGUCAAAGCCUUCAAUGGAAUGUGUGUGCGGCUCACGUCAAUAACUUUUCCAGUAAUUUGGUCGAGCGUGCUGAUUUCAGUGACCCGAGAGUGGCGCUACUGUGGGAUGGUUUAUAAGUUUUUCCUAAUAAAUAACAGAGUUAAAGUGUUCGUUUGUCCGCGUGCCGAAAAUAUCACAAGUCAUGAUCAAAUGGCGCCGCCGAGCUUCACAUCUCGGUAGAUAUACUUUGUGGCUCAACGGCUGCCGAGCUACACAACUCGGUAGCUAUACUUUGUGUCACAACGGCCGCCGAGCUACACAAAUCGGUAAUUUUACUUGGUGACACACCGACCACCGAGCUACAAAACUCGGUAAAUUUACUUUGUGGCACAACAGCCGCCGAACUAAACCCGGUUUGAUGCAUGCACCAGGAGUUGCAGACAGUUUCCAAAGACAGUGACGAAGCACGCUGAAAAAUAUGAAGGCUUAGUCCAAAGUAAAAUUUAACAGCAAACUUCUGAAAGAUGAACGCCUUAGACGAUUCAGCAAACACAGAUCGAUGUAGGCUUUACGAAGAUUCAUCAAACUUGAUGAUGAACGCUUUACGAAGACAGAAUAUCAGACCUCAGUAAACCUUUGACAGAUGAAUGCCGAGGACACAAGAAUCACCACAUGAGUUAGCGCGUCAAAGUGAGGCAAAACGUAAGCAAGCGCCUCAAAGCGAGGCAAUUGUGUCGACGACAAAAAUGCAAUCUCAAAAAAACCUCCCUUAUUAAUUGCACAGAACACCCAAUAAUGCAGAGAACACCCAACACAAAUUAGGGGUUGCGUUAUCGUACCUCGAACGCAAAUAUGAUGCCUUUCAUUGGAAUUGAGAUAAUUAAGAAUGGAACAAACUUGAAACCCGUGUUUACAGAAAGCCAACCAACACUGGUCUAUUCUUGCAUUUUCAUAGCCAUGUAGACAAACGUUACAAAGUUGGUUUAUUGAAGACCAUGUUACAUCUCGCCCAUGCCCUGUUAUCUACGACAGAAGCAUUCAAUGAGGAAUGUGCCAAGUUAAGCUCUAUCUUCUGCCGACUUGAUUAUCCAAUUGGCCUCAUGAAUUUUACGGUUAAUAUGUUUAUUCAGAAUAUUACAACUAAGUCAGAAAAGAAAAUCGAUCAUGGCAACACGAUCAGAAUAGUUCUUUCCUUCAAAGAUCAGAUAACCGCUAAUGCAGUCCGCAGGCAAUUGCGUGAUCUCAGCAAAAAGAUUGCCGUCACUUUACAGCCUAUUUUUGUGAGCAAAAAAUUGGAGCAAGAUCUUAAGCCUAAAGAAAUUAAACCGUGUAUUGUAAGUCAGCAAUACGUUGUUUAUAAAUUUGCAUGUGAUCUGUGUGAUGCAGAUUAUGCUGUCUACACAGCCCGACACCUUCAUCAACGCAUUGCGGAACACAAGUAUUCAGCUAUUGGCAGAGGUCGCCCAAGCUCACUAUAA